GGAGCGGAGCCGCCUGCAGCAGAAACAGCCUGAAUGCAUCCGCUCUGCAGGCCGAAAGGUCUCCAGGCCGCAUUCCUUCACUUGAGGUUAUAGCGAGCAUGCGGGGCGACUCGUUGUGCUUUCUCGAUUAAAAUGCGGGGACACGAAGAGGCCUUUCCUCGAAGGCUUACAGAACAGAGCAUUUCCUCCCAAGACGCCUGAAUAACGCUGAUAAAAAUAAAAAAAAACUGCUGCUGCUGCUGAUGAGAGGAGUGGCACAGUCAUGACGCUCCGCCCCUCCGUUAACCAGCGAGGAGGAAAAACUUUCUCUCCUCUCACUUUUAACUUUACCGAUGUCGCUGGCGUCCGGCCGAAAGAGAAGCGUAGGGACCAGGAGGGAGCUAGCGUUUUCAAGCCAGGAAGUCCGAACAUGAAGACCUUCAGCGAGUAGAAGGAAGCAAAGACACCAAGAAUCUUUUUUUUUGUUUGUUUUGUUUUGUUUUUGUUUUCGAGUCCAUCAAGAGUGCGGCAUCAUGAAGUCGCUCCGGCGCUUCAGCUUCACUCUGUGGACGCUUCUGGUAUUCAGCGCUCUCCUCCCGAAUAUUGAGGCUCAGAAUUCUGCAAUAGAAACCGCAACAACAGCUCUAGCUGCAACCACAACUACCGCAACUACAUCUGCAGCUACAGCCACGGCAACACUUGUUCCUACAACCGCAACAGCUGUUGAUGCAGCUGUUAGCACAGCAACAACUGCACCAACAACUUUAACCGCUGCGUCAACAACUUUAACCGCUGCACCAACAACUUCAGCUGCUGCACCAACAACUUCAACUGCUGCACCAACAACUUCAACUGCUGCACCAACAACUUUUACUGCUGCAUCAACAACUUCAACUGCUGCACCAACAACUUCAACUGCUGCACCAACAACUUCAACCGCUGCAUCUACAACUUUAACCGCUGCAUCUACAACUUUAACAGCUUCACCUACAAUCACAGCAACCACAAUAACAGCUACCUCAACAAACACAGUAACCACAAUAACAGCUGUCCCUACAAUCACAGUAACCACAAUAACAGCUGUCCCUACAACCACAAUAACAGCUGUCCCUACAACCACAAUAACAGCUGUCCCUACAACCACAGUAACAGCUGUCCCUACAACCACAGCAACCACAAUAACAGCUGUCCCUACAACCACAACAACCACAAUAACGCCUGCCUCAACAAACACAGUAAUCACAAUAACUGCUACCCCUUCAACCACAGCAACCACAAUAACUGCUACCCCUUCAACCACAGCAACCACAAUAACAGCUGCCUCGACAAACACAGAAACCACAAUAACUGCUGCCCCUACAACCACGACGACUGAACGAACAACCAUGACGACUGAACCAGCAACUGCAAGUAAGGCGCCUGUAAAUGUGUCGAAUCUCAAUGUGGAAAGUAUCACAACAUCCUCUGUGAAAGUGAUCUGGAACAAAACGGAUGUUGCAAGCUACCGAGUAUACUGGACAAAAGGAGAAAUAACAAGCAAUGAAACAGUAACACAGAACUUCAAAAACAUCACAGGACUAGAUCCUGGGGUUCAGUACACUAUAAGUGUUACUGCUGUUGCUAAUGAUAAUACCACUGAAGGACAUCCAGACAUGGUGACUGUCUACACAAAACCUGAAGUAGUCACAAAUCUCAGUGUCUUUAAUGUAACAACAUCAUCUCUACUUGUGAACUGGACAAAACCAAAGGGAAGCAGUUCUUUCUAUAGAAUUCAUUGGAAAGAUGGAAGAAUAAAUGACCAAAGAAAUGUGUCUGAAACAUCUCUGACCAUUUCUAAUCUGACUGCUGGUGAGCAGUAUACAAUAACUGUAACUGCUGUAGCUGCUGAUAAACUCACUGAAGGAGAGAGCAAGACUUCUUUCAAUUACACAAAACCUGAAGCAGUCAACAAUCUCACAGUCACUGAGGUAACAACAACCUCUGUGUCUUUAAAUUGGACUGAACCUGAGGGGAAAAGACUGUUUUAUACAGUAAAGUGGGAAAAGGAAAACAAACAUUUGAUUACAAGUGAGACUCAGGCGAAUGUGACUGAGCUGAAUCCUGGCGAAAACUACUGUUUUAAUGUCACGGCUGUGGCUACAGACAACAAAACAGAGAGUGAUGAGAGAAACAUUUGUGGAUUUACAAAACCUGAAAUAGUCACAAAUCUCAGUGUCUUUAAUGUAACAACAUCAUCUCUAUUUGUGUACUGGACAAAACCAAAGGGAAGCAGUUCUUUCUAUAGAAUUCAUUGGAAAGGUGGAGAAAUCAGUCUCCAAAGAAAUGUGUCUGAGACAUAUCUGACCAUUUCUAAUCUGACUGCUGGUGAGCAGUAUACAAUAACUGUAACUGCUGUAGCUGCUGAUAAACGCACUGAAGGAAAGAGUGAGACUGUUGUGAAAUACACAAAACCUGAAGCAGUCAACAAUCUCACUGUCACUGAGGUAACAACAACCUCUGUGUCUUUAAAUUGGACUGAACCUGAGGGGAAAAGACUGUUUUAUACAGUAAAGUGGGAAAAUGAAAACAAACAUUUGAAUACAAGUGAGACUCAGGCGAAUGUGACUGAGCUGAAUCCUGGCGAAAACUACUGUUUUAAUGUCACGGCUGUGGCUACAGACAACAAAACAGAGAGUGAUGAGAGAAACAUUUGUGGAUUUACAAAACCUGAAGUAGUCACAAAUCUCAGUGUCUUUAAUGUAACAACAUCAUCUCUAUUUGUGUACUGGACAAAACCAAAGGGAAACAGUUCUUUCUAUAGAGUUCAUUGGAAAGGUGGAAGAAUAAAUGACCAAAUAAAUGUGUCUGAGACAUCUCUGACCAUUUCUAAUCUGACUGCUGGUGAGCAGUAUACAAUAACUGUAUCUGCUGUAGCUGCUGAUAAACUCACUGAAGGAAAGAGUGAGACAGUUGUUAUAUACACAAAACCUGAAGCAGUCAACAAUCUCACUGUCACUGAGGUAACAACAACCUCUGUGUCUGUAAAUUGGACUGAACCUGAGGGGAAAAGACUGUUUUAUACAGUAAAGUGGGAAAAUGGAAACAAACAUUUGAAUACAAGUGAGACUCAGGCGAAUGUGACUGAGCUGAAUCCUGGUGAAAACUACUGUUUUAAUGUCACGGCUGUGGCUACAGACAACAAAACAGAGAGUGAUGAGAGAAACAUUUGUCAAUUUACAAAACCUGAAGUAGUCACAAAUCUCAGUGUCUUUAAUGUAACAACAUCAUCUCUAUUUGUGUACUGGACAAAACCAAAGGGAAGCAGUUCUUUCUAUAGAAUUCAUUGGAAAGGUGGAGAAAUCAGUCUCCAAAGAAAUGUGUCUGAGACAUAUCUGACCAUUUCUAAUCUGACUGCUGGUGAGCAGUAUACAAUAACUGUAUCUGCUGUAGCUGCUGAUAAACUCACUGAAGGAAAGAGUGAGACAGUUGUUAUAUACACAAAACCUGAAGCAGUCAACAAUCUCACUGUCACUGAGGUAACAACAACCUCUGUGUCUGUAAAUUGGACUGAACCUGAGGGGAAAAGACUGUUUUAUACAGUAAAGUGGGAAAAUGGAAACAAACAUUUGAAUACAAGUGAGACUCAGGCGAAUGUGACUGAGCUGAAUCCUGGUGAAAACUACUGUUUUAAUGUCACGGCUGUGACUACAGACAACAAAACAGAGAGUGAUGAGAGAAACAUUUGUCAAUUUACAAAACCUGAAGUAGUCACAAAUCUCAGUGUCUUUAAUGUAACAACAUCAUCUCUAUUUGUGUACUGGACAAAACCAAAGGGAAGCAGUUCUUUCUAUAGAAUUCAUUGGAAAAGUGGAGAAAUCAGUCUCCAAAGAAAUGUGUCUGAGACAUAUCUGACCAUUUCUAAUCUGACUGCUGGUGAGCAGUAUACAAUAACUGUAUCUGCUGUAGCUGCUGAUAAUCUCACUGAAGGAAAGAGUGAGACAGUUGUUAUAUACACAAAACCUGAAGCAGUCAACAAUCUCACUGUCACUGAGGUAACAACAACCUCUGUGUCUUUAAAUUGGACUGAACCUGAGGGGAAAAGACUGUUUUAUACAGUAAAGUGGGAAAAUGAAAACAAACAUUUGAAUACAAGUGAGACUCAGGCGAAUGUGACUGAGCUGAAUCCUGGCAAAAACUACUGUUUUAAUGUCACGGCUGUGGCUACAGACAACAAAACAGAGAGUGAUGAGAGAAACAUUUGUGGAUUUACAAAACCUGAAGUAGUCACAAAUCUCAGUGUCUUUAAUGUAACAACAUCAUCUCUAUUUGUGUACUGGACAAAACCAAAGGGAAACAGUUCUUUCUAUAGAGUUCAUUGGAAAGGUGGAAGAAUAAAUGACCAAAUAAAUGUGUCUGAGACAUCUCUGACCAUUUCUAAUCUGACUGCUGGUGAGCAGUAUACAAUAACUGUAUCUGCUGUAGCUGCUGAUAAACUCACUGAAGGAAAGAGUGAGACAGUUGUUAUAUACACAAAACCUGAAGCAGUCAACAAUCUCACUGUCACUGAGGUAACAACAACCUCUGUGUCUUUGAAUUGGACUGAACCUGAGGGGAAAAGACUGUUUUAUACAGUAAAGUGGGAAAAUGGAAACAAACAUUUGAAUACAAGUGAGACUCAGGCGAAUGUGACUGAGCUGAAUCCUGGUGAAAACUACUGUUUUAAUGUCACGGCUGUGGCUACAGACAACAAAACAGAGAGUGAUGAGAGAAACAUUUGUCAAUUUACAAAACCUGAAGUAGUCACAAAUCUCAGUGUCUUUAAUGUAACAACAUCAUCUCUAUUUGUGUACUGGACAAAACCAAAGGGAAGCAGUUCUUUCUAUAGAAUUCAUUGGAAAAGUGGAGAAAUCAGUCUCCAAAGAAAUGUGUCUGAGACAUAUCUGACCAUUUCUAAUCUGACUGCUGGUGAGCAGUAUACAAUAACUGUAUCUGCUGUAGCUGCUGAUAAUCUCACUGAAGGAAAGAGUGAGACAGUUGUUAUAUACACAAAACCUGAAGCAGUCAACAAUCUCACUGUCACUGAGGUAACAACAACCUCUGUGUCUUUAAAUUGGACUGAACCUGAGGGGAAAAGACUGUUUUAUACAGUAAAGUGGGAAAAUGAAAACAAACAUUUGAAUACAAGUGAGACUCAGGCGAAUGUGACUGAGCUGAAUCCUGGCAAAAACUACUGUUUUAAUGUCACGGCUGUGGCUACAGACAACAAAACAGAGAGUGAUGAGAGAAACAUUUGUGGAUUUACAAAACCUGAAGUAGUCACAAAUCUCAGUGUCUUUAAUGUAACAACAUCAUCUCUAUUUGUGUACUGGACAAAACCAAAGGGAAACAGUUCUUUCUAUAGAGUUCAUUGGAAAGGUGGAAGAAUAAAUGACCAAAUAAAUGUGUCUGAGACAUCUCUGACCAUUUCUAAUCUGACUGCUGGUGAGCAGUAUACAAUAACUGUAACUGCUGUAGCUGCUGAUAAACUCACUGAAGGAAAGAGUGAGACAGUUGUUAUAUACACAAAACCUGAAGCCGUCAACAAUCUCACUGUCACUGAGGUAACAACAACCUCUGUGUCUGUAAAUUGGACUGAACCUGAGGGGAAAAGACUGUUUUAUACAGUAAAGUGGGAAAAUGGAAACAAACAUUUGAAUACAAGUGAGACUCAGGCGAAUGUGACUGAGCUGACACCUGGUGAAAACUACUGUUUUAAUGUCACGGCUGUGGCUACAGACAACAAAACAGAGAGUGAUGAGAGAAACAUUUGUCAAUUUACAAAACCUGAAGUAGUCACAAAUCUCAGUGUCUUUAAUGUAACAACAUCAUCUCUAUUUGUGUACUGGACAAAACCAAAGGGAAGCAGUUCUUUCUAUAGAAUUCAUUGGAAAGGUGGAGAAAUCAGUCUCCAAAGAAAUGUGUCUGAGACAUAUCUGACCAUUUCUAAUCUGACUGCUGGUGAGCAGUAUACAAUAACUGUAACUGCUGUAGCUGCUGAUAAACUCACUGAAGGAAAGAGUGAGACUGUUGUGAAAUACACAAAACCUGAAGCAGUCAACAAUCUCACUGUCACUGAGGUAACAACAACCUCUGUGUCUUUAAAUUGGACUGAACCUGAGGGGAAAAGACUGUUUUAUACAGUAAAGUGGGAAAAUGAAAACAAACAUUUGAAUACAAGUGAGACUCAGGCGAAUGUGACUGAGCUGAAUCCUGGGGAGAACUACUGUUUUAAUGUCACGGCUGUGGCUACAGACAACAAAACAGAGAGUGAUGAGAGAAACAUUUGUGGAUUUACAAGGCCUGUAAAGCCUGUGAACAUCAGGGUUGACUCAAGAACAAGUGACAAUAUAAACAUCACUUGGACUUUGCCUGAAGGAAGGGUUGACCAUUACAUCGUGAACAUCUCAAAUCCAAGCAGUAACUACAAUGUCACAAUAACAAACGCCACCACAGCAGCUUCCUCUGGUUUACUUCCUGGAAGGAGUUUCAUUUUCACAGUGACUGCUGUAGCUGGAACGUUCACCAAUACCUCUGAUCAGUUUUCAUUUGCAACAUAUCCGUUGUCUGUCACAUCCUUCAACUUCACCAACAGGACAAACUCUUCUUUAAACCUGCAGUGGGUGACUCCAAAAACGAUGGAUGGUGCUCUUAAUAUCAGCUAUAUUAUCACCUACAAUAAUCCAAAUGACACUGUAUCAAAGAACCGCUCUACAGAGAAGACGAACAUAGAGUUAAAUGGUCUUCAGUCUGGAACCAAUUACACCAUAAAUAUAACAACUGUUGGACCGGAACAACUGAGUAGCUCUCCAGUCACCAAGUAUACUUACACUUUGCCAAACCCAGUGCAGAAUGCAAAAGCCAGCCCUAUUUCUCCAACUUCCAUAAGGGUGAAUUGGUCACAGCCACUGAAUGUCCAAGAAUAUUACCAGUACCGGGUUCAAACCUACAACAGCACAGGAGUACUUGAUAACACCUAUAUCAACAAAAGCAGCACCACUAGCUAUGACGUUCCCAGUCUGGAGCCGGGUUUCUUUUACUCCAUCAACAUCACAACAAUUGUUUCAUCAGACACUGCAUCAAACUCUGUGGCGGUGUCGAGUUACACAAUGCCCAAAGCAGUGACCGAUUUGACUGUGAGCUUUGUGGGCACCACAUCCAUCCAGCUCUCAUGGAAAACACAAAUGAAUUUCAGUAAUUCCUGCAACUAUCUGGUGGAAGCAUUGCUGGGCAGUGAGCGAGUUCAGAAUAGCUCCACGAACUUUAAGAACUUCACCUUCAACAGUCUGACUCCUGGAACCCUUUACACAUUUAAUGUGUUGACAGUUCAUGAAGGGGUAUCAUCAACAAGCACAAGCAAAAUGGAAUAUACAAUUCCUGCACAGGUCUCAGACAUUUUAGUCGUAGGAACCACCUCCAGCUUGUCAGUGAACUGGACAAAAGCAGUUGGGCAGGUUUCCUCAUAUCUUAUCCAGUUAUACAAUAACACAAAUUCCUUGAUAUACAACACAAAUCUGACUAACGAGACUACACAGCAUACAUUUGAGAAUUUGAAACCAGGAGUGCUUUACCAUGUUGAGGUUGUCACUAAAAGUGGACCAAAGGAGAGCAACAGAAGUGUUGUUUACAAUGCAACUUUUCCUAACCCCCCUGGCUCUAUCAUGGUGGAGUUCCAGACCAACAGUUCCAUCAGAUUUAAUUGGUCCCUUCCAGCUAACAUGGACCCUCCCCAGAACUUCACUGUGUUCACUAAAAAUGACUCUUAUGUUACCAAGAACAACUCGUUCCUGUUGGAAAAUCUUGAGUCAGGAUCCAUGUACACAGUUUCUGUAGUCACUGUUGGUGCAUGGGGUUAUAAGAGUACCAUACAGAGCACACAAAACUAUACAAGACCAAAUUCGGUGACGGGUCUGACAAAGACCAAAAUCACCCCUAGUUCAGUAACCCUGAAGUGGAAUCAGGCAAACAGCAAACCACCCUACAUUUAUGAAGUGCAGCUUACAAGUGUUCUUAAUGUAUCACAGUGGAAAGUGGUAAACUAUACAACAAUUACAUUUGAUGGUCUUAAGUCUGGGAGCAAAUACAAUUUUACCGUCACUACAGUUACAGAAGAUUACACUCGAGCAGAGUCUGUGAAGGUUUUCUACUAUACAAGUCCUUAUAAUAUCACAGAUUUAAAUGCUUUUACCUUAAACACAACCGCUGUUUACCUACACUGGACAAAACCAUACGAGUACAAGGUCGACUUCAAAUAUCGGGUGGAGACAACGGGCUGUCACAACCAAACUACCAACUCAGAAGCAGAAAACGUGACCUUCACAGAUCUCAUCUCUGGAACCAACUGCAGCUUCUGUGUUACUGUCAUAGCAGAGAAUGGCACUGAAGGGAAAGAGAUCUGCACCACUCAGUACACUAAACCCAAUGUGGCAUUGCUCAAUAUCUCCAAUGAGGGAUUCAAUGAUUCAGUCCUGGUAUCAUGGACCAAGCCUCCUGGAAAUGUGGAGAAAUAUGAACUUCAUCUGAACUGCUCCUCAAGUCCAAAUCAAACAGCAAUGCCCAGUGUUAACAACACCUUCCGGUUUUACAACCUGCACGCUGCAGAGCUCUGUAGUGCUGUGAUGAAAUCGCACAGUGGAACAUUCGAAGUACCAUCUGAAAUUGUUACAACUGCAACAUACCCAAAUCCUCCUGGGAAUAUUGGCAUCCAGAAGCAAUCUACCAGUUCUAUUGAACUGCAAUGGGGACAAGCACCUCAUAUGGAACAUGCAUUCAACUACAGCUACAAGUUGACCUACAAUUAUUCUCAGAACGAAAUUCCUUCUAACAAGACAAAUUACAUUUUGUCCCAACUUCUGUCUGGGACUUCCUACAACAUUUCUGUGACAACUGUGGGACCAAUGUAUUUUGAGAGUAAAUCUGUUUACAAAUACGUGACCACAAGACCUCACAACGUGAAGUCUCUCAAACUUGAUCCUGAUGAGGAACGUAUCAAUUUAAGUUGGAUCCUACCUGAUGAGUAUAAGGAUACAUAUCAUUUUUUUGUCACCUGGCAAAGCCACGAUUGGACUUAUGCUAGGAACGACACAACUGAUGGAACUUUAUAUAGCAUCCCUGAACUGACUCCUGGUACUGACUACAACAUCACCAUCAUCACUAAGACAUCUGAUGGAACAGGAUCUGCCAUAGAAACGGUGUCCAACUGCACAAAUGCAAGUCCUGUGAAGAACUUAAUAGGGUAUGGACCAAACUCUGGAGAUGCAAAAAUUAUUCUGGACUGGGACACGCCCAAUGGAAACUACUCUAAUUUCAAGUUUACUGUAACCAACACUUCCACCCUUUCUUAUGCGAACGGUCCUAAACACACUAUUUCUAACCUUACCUAUCAUUCUAUUUAUGAGAUUAAAGUAGAGACUCAGAGUUGUGGAAAUCCUAGCACUCCUCAGUCAAUAACAUGUCAGACAGGUGUCGCAAAGCCACCAGCCAUUCCAUCAACCUCUGUGAAGCAGGUGUCUAAAACUCACAAAACAUUCACACUUAGUAUUGAAACUAACCUGAUAAACAACUCUAAAGGACCAGUGACUCAUGUUGGGAUUCUGGUAACAAGCGAUGACAUUGCCAGCAUUCCUGAUCUUGAAAAAUUCCUGGUGAAUACAUACCCUGAAUGGAAAUCAAAGUCUGCAAUAGCAUAUCUUGCAACAGUAAUGACCUAUACCCAAACGAUCCGCAGAAGUUCUGUUACCUUGGACUUUGAGAUAGGAAAUGAAUCAAAGUGGGAAGGCUAUGCUAAUGGUCCUCUGGAUCCAACUGGAAGUUACAAAUAUGCCGUAGUGGUUUGCACCUAUUUGGUUGUGGACUCAGGAAAAAUUGACACCAGUAAAUCAGUGUGUUCUAUAUCAGAUUUGUCUAUUGUGAUUAUUCUCGACAAAGACCCAGCUAUCACCUAUAUUGCUAUUGGAGCAACGUUGGGAAUUUUUGGAGUUCUCUUUGUCAUCCUUAUUGGUUUUAUCAUCUAUUGGAAAAGGUUAUCCCGUAAGGAGUCUCCUGACAUCCAGAUUCAGUCAAUGGAGGGGAAAGUAAGUGUGGCUGUGAGAGUGGAGGACUUUGAAGCUUACUACAGGAAGCAGAAAGCUGACUCCAGCUGUGGCUUUGCUGAAGAAUUUGAGGACCUGAAGCCUGUUGGUACAGCUCAAGCCAAACUACAUGCACUGGCUCUUGAGAACAAGCCUAAAAAUCGCUACAACAACGUGCUUCCUUAUGACUCCUCAAGAGUGAAACUCUCUGUUGUCCAUGGAAGUCCAAAUGAAGAUUACAUCAAUGCUAACUACAUGCCGGGUUACCUUUCCAGGAAGGAGUUCAUCGCAGCUCAGGGACCUUUGCCUGCAACAGUCAACGAGUUCUGGAGGAUGGUCUGGGAGAAGAACGUCCAAACUGUGGUCAUGCUAACACGCUGUAAUGAACAAGGAAGAGUUAAAUGUGAGCAGUACUGGGGUCCUGGCACCAAAUACUAUGAAGACAUCAUUGUGACAACAACUUCUGAAAUCCAACUUGAAGACUGGACCAUCAGGGAUUUUGACAUAAAAAAUGUGAAAACAACAGAAGUCCGCUCAGUCCGCCACUUCCAUUUCACAGCGUGGCCGGAUCACGGCGUUCCAGAAACCACAGAGCUUCUGAUCAGCUUCAGACAUCUGGUCAGAGAACACAUGAACCAGUAUUCCAGAAACUCCCCCACAGUGGUUCACUGCAGUGCUGGAGUUGGGCGCACAGGCACCUUCAUAGCCAUUGAUCGCUUGAUCUUCCAGAUCGAAAGGGAAAACAUUGUGGAUGUGUACGGCAUUGUUCAUGAUCUGCGAAUGCACCGGACCCUUAUGGUGCAGACGGAGGACCAGUAUGUCUUCCUAAACCAGUGUGCCUUGGACAUCAUCCGGGCAAGAACAGGGAACAAUGUGGAUCUAAUCUACCAGAAUACAGCUGCCAUCUCAAUUUAUGAAAACGUAGAACCCAAAAGGGGAUAUUAGUCUGCUUUUUCAUGUCUUUACAUCUCUCCCUCUCUUUUUGGGUGAGAAAUAACUGAGCAAACAAGUAUAAAGGGAAUACGUUUGUUAGAAACAUCAACCUUUAAGGGUUUAAUCCUCUUUUUUAUAUUUAUUUGUUAAAAGAAAUAGAGGAAACUGCAUUUUUUUAUGCUUCUGCCUUAAAUUCUCAUACCUGCAUAUUCUUUGCACUGCACAAUUAUUAUAAAAUUGCUUUCUACUGUAAAUGACUCACAGAUUUUUAUUUUGCUCAGGUAGUUUUAUUGUAUACUGUCUUGGUAUUUUUAAAUAAACUUUUAAAUCGAACUGUACAAAACAAAGGCUGGUGGUAUGUGCCUUAAAAAUAGCAUUCAUGCGUUUACACCAGUAGAGGGCACACUUGUCUUAUUUUUUCUAGUUAUUAAACAGGGAUAAUGUGAUAUUUUAAAGGAAUUUUAAGUUAUUCUCUCCUUGCCUAACUAACUGUAAGCCAAUAUGAACUGUGCAAUGUGAUUUAAUGAAGGAGUUUAUUUGUUUUGGUCUCUUUUUGUAUUUAUAUGCACUGCAAUGUGACAAAUGCACUGGAUGCAUUUAUGCAUUUGUCCCACACUGUCCACUAGAGGUGUUUCUUUUCAAGUAAUUUAUGUUAUAUUCUGGCCAGUGGUUCUUGAAAUGGAAUAUUUAUCUUAUUUCUCAUUUCAUCUCAGGAACUUCUUUCAAGAAGAACAUUUUACUGGCUGUAUUUGUGUUAAAAUAUAUAUAAUGCACCAGUUUGUAUUAUUAAUAAAGACAUUAGUUCAGUUGUCUUUUUUGCUCUUUCCUAUGCUGUACAUUCUUUAGAAAAACAUGUUAUUUCAUUUCCUGUGACAUCUCUUGUCCAGCUAUGGCCACUUCCUCUGUAUUAAAAGUCACUGGAGAAGCAAAAAUGUACAUAUUUUUGUGAGUCUUCCAAACAGCAGGAUUUUCCAUUAGCUUGGUACCUUUUUUUUCUUUUUUUUCCACAGAUUGAUUUGUAGCACUUAUGUUUUAAUGAGAAAUAGGAACAUAAAAUAGAACAUUUUUUUAGGAUGUUUUAAAAUGCUUUAUGAGAUGCUUGCUGGUUCAACGCAACUAUGUAAAACGAGCUGAAGAUAUGUACUUCUUAAAUAUGUAAAAUUAUAUGGGAUUAAAGAUGUUGCAACAUUGUGGCAGCAAUCUACUCUUUAUUAGAAUCUAUUUGCUUCAAUGCCAAUAAAGCUAAACUGUCUUGCUAAAA